AUGACUGCAAGCAACCCGUUUAUCAUAAAGCACGUAGUCAAGAACAUUUCGAAUUUUAAUAAAGAAGAAUGGGAUUACAGUCAAAACGAGGAACAUUCUGGAAUCGGUUGGAAAAUCGGAAUCACUGAAAAGAAUGGAUUCGUUGCGAUUCAUUUAAUCUGCAGUCAUUCCACAAAUGAUGACAAAUGGACCAUUCAAACAGUCGACGACGAAUUCAAAAUCAUUUCGAUCAGUGGAAAAAGUUGCACGAAAAAAGUUAAUCAAUGUUUCAACGAGAAGUCGAAAUCGAAUGGAUUCGAUGAUUUCAUUGCAUGGGAAGAAAUGAUUAAGAACUACGUUAUUGAUGACAAUUUGGUUGUGGAGAUUCAUGUUAAUCAAAUGAUAAUUUCUGGAAUCGAAAAGAGAAAUUUGAAAGUAUUCGACGAGUCGAUGAAAGAGUUCUCGGAUGUCGUGUUGAUUGUGGAGGAUCAGAAGUUUUAUGUCUCGAAGCUGAAUUUUCUCGAGUUGCUUCAUGGAGAAUCGCCGAUUGAUGACAGCACAAUCGAAGGAAUCGUCCGUUUGGCGGAUAUGUAUGAUGCUAAAAUGGCUGUGAGAAAAUGUGAACAAUUUCUGAUGGAUAAUUCUGGAAAAACGCUGAAAGAGAAGUUGCAAAUGGCUCAUCAAUACCAUUUGGAGAACUUGAAGAUCAAAUGCCUUUCCAACAUCCAAAGUGCUGCAGAAAUCCGUUCGGUCUUGACGUAUGAUCUGUCGAAAAUGGAUCCAUUGGUGGUCGGAGCACUUCUUCAAAAAACCCUCGCACUUUUUAAAUAA